AUGAGUACAUCUUCUCCUCCCACUCCGCCAUCAAGGGGCCCGACGGAUGACGAAUGGAGAUUCAACCCUAUUACACUACCCUGUGAGUGGGUGGAGGAUUAUCGCCCAGGUGGUUAUCAUCCAGUCGUUAUCGGCAACGUUUUAAACCAGUACAAGGUCAUCCGGAAGCUUGGCGACGGCUCCUACUCAACAGUAUGGCUCGCCCGUGACCUGAAAAACAGUAGAUAUGUCGCCCUGAAGAUCCUUGUGUCUGAAAUCUCAGGAUCGAUCGAGCUACGACUCUUACACCACAUCACUGAAAUCGCAGAAGGAACCCAGCAUAUCACGCGAUUCCUAGGCGAGUUCGAACACCGCGGACCUAAUGGCGUCCACAAGUGCCUGGUAUUCGAGCCUAUGGGUCCAAGUGUGAAUUCUAUGGUCGAGGAGCUGCCACAGUUUAACCCUCGCAAGCAAGAAAUGAAGGUCCGCUAUCCGCCUCAGAUGGCAAAGAGCAUCCUCAAGCAAUCUUUACAGGCUCUUGUAUUUCUCCACGAAAAUGGUAUCGCCCAUGGAGACUUCCAGCCGGGAAACAUCCUCUGUGCUCUUAACAAUAUCGACUCGACGCCCGAGGAGCUGCUCCGGCAAGAAGAUAUACAAGCCGAGUCGAUCUCGCCCCCUAUACAGAGGCUAGACGGCAAACAAGAUAAAUGGGCACCUCGAUAUCUUUCCGUUGCGCAAUCCCUAGUGCCUUUUACCUCCUACGACGAAGGGCUUAAGGUUAAAUUAUCCGAUAUGGGCGGUGCAUAUUUCUUCACCGAUCCACCAAAAAAGCCAGUCACUCCACUCGGUCUUCGAGCUCCCGAGUUGAUUCUCACCGGAGCCGUGAACAAUACCCUUGACGUCUGGAGUUUCGGUUGCGUUCUCUUUGAGCUUAUCAUCGGACAGCCGCUCUUCUGUGUACCAUGGUCUAAGAGGGAAGAUGACGAUCAUCUUCUCUCCCUUACUGCCCAGCUCGGCGCCCUCCCCGACGAGCUCUUCAAGCAUUGGGCGUCAUCAUCGUUAUACUUUACGCCCGAGAGGAAGCUCUAUAAUUGUCAGCUUGGGGGAGUCCCUCCGGAGGAGGAACCGCUUAUACUAGAACAGAUGUCUAUGGAAGAGUCAUUUGAUAGGGCAGAUCCGGAUAUAGAUGAGGAGGAAGCUUACAAAGUGAAGGCGCUUAUUCGAUGGAUUUUGCAAUAUGAUCCUGCGAGGAGACCUUCACCUGCGGAAAUCUUAGCUGAUUCGUGGUUCUGUGGGAUUGAUUUUGAGAGCGACUCCAAGGUAAACAUCUAG